UGCUAAAUUAACACAUGUUCUUCAUACAUUACUCGAUUCAGGAAUCGAUUUGAGCGAGCUGCGAGUUGUGGCCGUUAGCUGUUCAUCGUGAUGAUCUCCCAGUUCUUCGUGCUUUCGCAGAGAGGCGAUAACAUCGUCUUCCGCGACUACCGUCGUGAUGUACAGAAAGGAAGUGCAGAGAUAUUCUUCCGCAAAGUAAAGUUCUGGAAAGAAGAUGGCAAAGAGGAAGCACCGCCUGUAUUUAAUCUGGAUGGCGUGAACUAUUUCCAUGUGAAGGUCGUUGGCUUGCUCUUUGUUGCAACCACAAGAACCAACUUGGCCCCUUCCUUAGCUUUAGAGCUUUUGCAGAGGAUUGCGCGUGCCAUCAAAGAUUAUCUUGGAGUUCUUAAUGAAGAGUCUAUGCGAAAAAAUUUUGUGCUAGUCUAUGAGCUUCUUGAUGAAGUUAUAGAUUUUGGAUAUGUUCAAACAACAUCUACUGAGGUAUUGAAGUCUUAUGUCUUCAACGAACCAAUUGUGGUUGACGCUGCACGCUUGCCAACCCUGGGCCCUGCAGCCUUAUUUAUGCAAGGAAACAAAAGAAUGCCGGGUACUGCUGUUACAAAAUCAGUCGUGGCAAAUGAUCCUGGGGGCAGGAAAAGGGAGGAAAUCUUUGUUGAUAUCAUUGAGAAAAUAAGUGUUACCUUCAGCUCGAGUGGAUAUGUAUUGACUUCUGAAAUUGAUGGUACUAUCCAAAUGAAGAGUUAUUUAACGGGAAACCCAGAAAUCAGAUUAGCUCUCAAUGAUGACCUACACAUUGGAAGAGGCAGCGUACCGAGUUUUGGCUAUAGUGGUUCUUCAGGGACAGGAGCAGUUAUUCUGGAUGACUGCAAUUUUCACGAAUCUGUACAUAUGGAUAAUUUCGAUAUAGACAGAACACUGAGUCUGGUACCACCCGAUGGGGAGUUUCCUGUCAUGAAUUAUCGCAUUACUCAGGAAUUUAAGCCACCCUUUACAAUCAACACCUUAAUUGAAGAAGCAGGAUCACUAAAGGCUGAGGUGAUUCUGAAGAUACGUGCUGAGUUUCCUUCAAGCAUCACUGCUAACACUAUUUUAAUAGAAAUGCCAUUACCAACAUAUACAACAAGAGUCAAUUUUGACUUGGAUCGCGGUAUAGUUGGUCAGAAUGCUGAUUUCAAAGAAUCGCAAAAGAAACUUGAAUGGAACAUCAAGAAGAUUGUAGGGGGUUCAGAACACACUCUACGAGCAAAGUUAAAUUUUUCACAGGAAUUGCAUGGAAAUAUCACUAAAGAAGCUGGGCCUGUGAGUUUAACCUUCACAAUCCCUAUGUACAACCCUUCAAGACUACAGGUAAAGUUGAUGAUAUGAUUUAAAAUCGAAGUGAUGCAUAAUGUCUAUAGUUGUAGGACUAAUCUUCAUAACUACUUCAUGCUAUGCUAUCGGUCCACACCGAUAAAUGAAUAAAAUAAAGCCCGAGUGGAUUACUUUGAUAAAUUUCUUAUGACACAGGAGUCAAAGCUCAGUGACUAAACAAAUAAAGAGUAUUUAGGGAAAGUGUUCAGGACUUCAUUUCAGCCAAAAAAAAAAAGAA